AUGACCGUGAAGCAGGGCUGCUUACUAGCCCCCAUUGUCUUCAGCCUCAUGUUCUCUGCUGUGCUGAUGGGCGCCUACCACGAUGAGCGCUCAGAACUGACGGGUAUCUUCCCAACAGCGGACGCAUGCGGGCUCCAAAUCGGCUAUCUGUGAUCGCAAUCCACAACCUACUCUUCGCCGGCGUCUGCACGAUCAACACCACGACCGAAGAGGACAUGCCACCUCAGGCUGACCAUACUCAUGCAUAGAGCGUCAGCCAACAGGGAAUACCGUUCUCCUCGAAUCAGUGUCAACGGCAGCCAAAUCAAAGUCGUGGACAAAUUCGCUCACCUGGGGAGUACACUCUGGCGCAGCACAAUAAAGGAUGACGAGGUUGUCCGUCGGCCCUACAAAGCCAGUCAGGUCUUCGGUCGACUGCAAGCCAUCGUCUGGAAUCACCACGGCCACCAAACUGAAGAUGUACAAGGCCGUCGUCAUAACGACACUUCUAUACGGAGCAGUGGCAUGGACUGUUCACGCCAGCCAUACCAGGGAACUCAAUCAUUUCCAUCUCAGCAGCCUAAGAAGAGUAAUAAGGUGAAGAUGGCGGGACAAGUUCCCGGACACGGAAGUCCUGGAACCCUCUGAAUCCACGCCCUGCUGAGGCCACUACAACUGCGACGAAGUGGCCCACUGGUGACAAUGAACGAAUCUAUCAAAACAACUCUUCUACGGAAAUGUUGCCACGGGUGCUCGCCGACCGAGAGGACAAGAAAAGACGUGACAAAGACACUAAGAAGCGACUGCAGAUCAACCCGGAGACCUGGGAGGACCUGCCUCAGAGCAAAUCAGCCUGAAGAAAAGAAGUGAAGAUUGACGCAGCCGUCUACGAUGCCAAUCGGAUCGCCGCCGCUAAAGCCAAAAGGCGCUUGCUAGUCCUAGGUGUCAUGGAUUCGCAUCAUUGUCACUCAAACCCAUCCAACGGGUCCGUGCUUCCAACAAAACUUUCAGUACGUGGAUCAGCAUCAUCGGUCGCCCUCAGACCCAAUGCACCAACCGCUCGAAGACCGCAACUGCUGCAUCCACGACCAUCCCUGCUCCAUCCGUCAUGUCGGCCACGAUGGCGUCCGCCCUCACCAACGUCGUUCCGAUUCCCGCGUCGCAAUGCUGUCGGCCACCACCACCAUCUCUCUCUCACCUCGGACACAUUUGCCGCGGCGGCGGCGACGACGACGAACAUAACCGUCUCUACUACACUCGCCAAAGACCGAAAUGCUCCUAAUGCCCCGUCAACCCCCAACGCAUUCGUCAUGAGCACCCGCACCUGACGACUGAAUGGUCCGGACAGUGGCUGGGGCCUGGGAAUGGGGUAAGUGGGUGAGGUCGACGACUCAGUGCACUUAAAGCUACAAAGAUGCGCUCGAAGCCGUGACUUGGAAGGUUGCCAAAUGGCGGGCUAUCUUGGACUUAUGAGACUCCCAAUUCAUGCGAUCCGAGUCGGAUGUGGCGGCAGGCCUAGGCAUGGCUCCGGCUGCGGGAGACUUCGAUCAAUUUGUUGAUGGUUAAAAUUCUGAUCUGACACAUUUGCCGCGGCGACGACGACGAUGAUGAACACAACGUAACUGCCUAUAUAUCAUGCGCUGCUGUGCGGCUGCUGGUAGGGCUCGGGUGAGAGUCCGUAAGGCACAACGGAACGAGUGAGUUCCGUAAGAACUAUCGGUGAGUGCCUCCUGUCAUAACCGUCUCUGCUACACUCACCAAAACCCGUCAACCCCCAACGCAUUCGCCACCUCCACCCCAACCUCCAGUGAGGGGGACUCGGACCCAACCUGUCCUCACUCCGACCGCACAUUCACCCCGGUUGGUCACUUGGGAACCCACCGCACAAAGACUGGCGAACCAUUGCCUCGGGAACCAGCAUACAGCAUGCGCACUCUCCUCGUACAUCCGGCCACCGCGUGGGAUUACUAGGUCACAUGCGCUUUAUGAAAACCUGCCACAAAUCACUGCAGACUCGGCCAUCAACGCAUGCACCCCUCGAAAUCCCCGUCGGUAUUUCUCAAGUUGCCUCGGAAGGUCAGCAGUAAUCAAGGUGCACAGUCAUGGAGAGUGGACCCCGAUAAUACUCAGUGCUCUGACCGACCCUUUUCCUUUUGUUCGUCAAUGAUUUUGUACAGGAAUCAGACAGUGAUUGUGGGGUGUUUGCCAAUUCAGGUUCUCCUAUUUUGCGGAACGAGGCAGAUAUUUCAAAAGACGAAAUAAGUGUUCAGAUCAUAGGGAAAAUGGGCAAAUGAGACUGUGUGCGUGUGUACGUGAGCUGAACGAGCUCAACCGCACGAGGAAAUCAUUACUGACUCUUGCGACUUAGUAGUCAGCAUAACAGGCCUCCAUUCUGUGUGUGUUGACUCAGAUUACGCUAGCAUGCCAUAGGAAUCACGCCGAGUGGCCAAGCAAGUGAGAAAUUAUACCACCCAGCCAUUCGGCUCUAUGCCUCUCGUCAGCCCUCUAACUUCCCAAACUGUAGGUUCCUUGUUCGGCCCAGGCACCGGGUGCAGAAGCCGUUCCAGUACUUCGCUGUCCGCUCGGGUCUACCGAGCCUAACUGCAAGCGUCCCUUGUGGGGGAGUACGGUGCAUUGUUCUCACGCACGCGCACAGGACCAUGAGUCAUCCCUACGCGCAUCAAGCGGCCCAGCUAGUAGGCGCUGGUACAGUCAAGUGAUCAUCGGGCUUAGCUGCACCGUCCCGGCAUGCAUGACGCACGAUCGACUGCGCGAGUGAGAACAAUGGGCAGCGCCCCUCACAGAGCUCUUGCAGUUCAGAUCGAUAGACACAACCGGACAAUAAAGUACUGAGACGACUUCUGCGCCUGUGGCAUGGGCCGAACAACGAACCCAAGGUUUGGAAAGUUCGACAUCUGACGUGAUGUUAUCACUUGCUGGUAUGUGGUGCGAUUCGUAUAGCACGCUAGCGCAAUCUGAAUCAACACACAGAGAGAGGGGAGGCCUGCGAUGCUGACUACUAAGUCGCAAGACUCAGCAGUUCCAUCUGUCGCAGGGUUGAGCAUGAAGAAAUAGUGUUUUAGACAGUGACAGGUUCACGAAUAGUACUAGUGAACAGGACGGAUUAUGUGGCGAAAAUUGGAGAAAUUUCCGGGUUACAAGAUAUUGUAUUAGCAGCACAGGUACUCACUAAAAGCCCAGACACACCUGUCUCGCCGAUAUUCUGACGCUGCAUGACAUAUCUGCGAAGGGUUCGGCUCUUCAGAGGGACCCCCAGCAUUCCCCUUCUACCUUCUGGUAGAUAUUCCAGUCUACAAAUUAUCGCUUCUUAAUUUCUGAGGAAAUCAAGAGGCAAAAACUUGAACAAAUAUUAUCAGUUGCCAACCUUAUUCUCGAAAACCGAGAAAGACUGGGUUCGGGCAGAAACCGUCACGAAUCAGUUGACGAGAGUACACAAAGAACGGCCUUUGUCAGAUAAAGAGUAUGAACGACUGGGGCCCGUGGGUACGACGAUAACCAGAAUGUACGAACUUCUAAACAAUCACAAACAAGGGCUACCCUACCGACCAAUAUUGGAUAUGGUAAAUUCGCCCUAUCACACCACUGCAAAGUGGCUGGCAGAAAAGCAGAAUCCGCACCUCCGAAACCUAACAGUUCUUUGAGUUCGUCGAUGUGAAUUGUAACGUUGGCUGACGCGAUGUGUUGCUCCUAAAUACAUCACCAAGCUUUGCCAGUAUGCCACCUAUAGCAUCAAUAAACUGCCUAUGCAGCUUUAUUCAAAGUACAGGCUAUCAAACUGGCAUGCCAGCGAGGGCUUUGAAGGAACUACUUACUCGAUAUACACAUAAUGUCCGAUUUCUCUUUAAUGGACGGCUAUACAGGGAAAUAUAUGGUAUAUCGAUGGGUUCACCGUCUGGUUAGGCAAAGGGGAGAACAGAUCGAUCUCAGCUUUCAUUAUCGUGCACCGAGUCGAUGCCAGGGGAGUCUUUCAGGUGGUCUACCGGCCACCACAAAUCUAAAGGCUCACGUCAGCUGGUGCUGGCAACAUCCGAGGCGGUAGCCAUUCGACCAGUUCUUUGUUAUCAGAAAACGUUGGUGCAGGCGGUCCUUCUCCCGUGGCCGACUCCAGGUGACGAUCGCAGGACGCUCCAACCCCCUCAGCCAACCACAGGGAAUCAACGACCGACUGAUGAGCCUCCGCCUGCCUCUACGGGGAUGCGAAUUCGCCAGCGUCAUCAGCACCUACGUCCCCUCCCAAUCACCAGCUGUGUUGAGGCGUAGAUUGAAUUCUACGAAGACCUGCAAGCACUCGUGACGACUGUGUCGAAAGUGGACAAGCUAGUUGUCCUUAGCGAUAUCAGUGCAAACGCGGGGACAGAGUACGUUGCCCGGAGAGAAGUGGUGGGUCCUAAAGGGAUCAGCGACUGCAACGGUAAUGGUCUCAUUUUCCUGGCAGCCCGCACAGAACACAGUCUUCUCCUGACCGACACAUUAUUCCGCACCACCGAAAAUGCCUUCGCCGCUCACUACCUGCAAGAGAAGUGCCAGAAUAUGAGAACCCACCUCUACACCACGUUCGCGGAUCUGACGAAAGCCUUUGAGACACGAGGGACUGUGCAAAAUCAUGCAUAAAUUCGGCCACAUGAUACAUCAGCUCCACAACGCGAUGACGGCCUGCGUCAUGGAAGACGCAAUCUUCGAGGUAUUCGCAAGCCUCAUGUUCUCUGCUGUGCUGAUGGACGCCUACCACGAUGAGCUCCCAGGGAUACGCAUCGCCCACAGAAAUGACGGGCAUCUUCCCAACAGCGGGCUCCAAAUCGGCUAUCUGCGAUCACAGCCCACAAUCUACUCUUCGCCGACGUCUACACGCUCAACACCACGACCGAAGAGGACAUGCAACGGAGCACGAAUCUCAUCGCCACCUGCUGCGCUCACCUCAGGCUGACCAGAAACACGAACAAAACGGUGGUCAUGUAUCGACCGUCAGCCAACAAGGAAUACCGCACUCCUCGAGUCAAUGUCAGCGGCAGCCAACUCAAAGUUGUGGAGAAAUGAACCCACAUAUAGAGUAUACUCUGGCGCAGCACAAGAAAGGAUGACGAGGUUGUCCGUCGGCUCUGCAAAGCCAGCCAUGUCUUCGGUCGACUGCAAGCCUCCGUGUGGAAUCACCGCUACCUUCAACUGAACACAAAACUUAAGAUUUGCGUGGCUGUCGUCUUAACGACACUUCUGUACGAAGCGGUGGCUUGAACUGUUCACUCCAGCCAUACCAAGGAGCUCAAUAACUUCCAUCUCAGCAGAAUAAUCAGGGUAGGGCAAGAUCCCGGACACGGAUGUCCUGGAACAGACCGAAAAUCUCUGCAUCCACGCCCCCGCUGAGGACACUGUAAUUGCGUUGGAGAGGCCCACUGGUGAGAAUGAGCGACUCAGGCUACCAAAACAACUCUUCAACGGAAAUGUUACCACGGGUGCUCGGCGACCCAGACGACAAGAAAAGACGUUGCAAAGACACUUAGAAGCGACUGCACAUCAAGCACCAGACCAGAGAGGACAUCCCUCAGAAGAGGUCGAUCGGAAGAAGAGAAUUGAAGACUGGCGCAGCCAUCUACGAAGCAAGUCGUAUGGCUGCCUUAAAAGUCAAAAGCCUCUUGCUAAUCCCAAGUGUCACUCAACCCCACCCAACGUGUCCGUGCUUCCAACGAAACUUUCCGCACGCGGAUCAGCCUCAUCGGUCGCCCUCAGACCCAAUGCACCAACCGCUCGACGAUCGCAACUGCUGCAUCCACGACCAUCCCUGCUCCGACAUCCAUGUCGGACACGAUGGCGUCCGCCCUCACCAAUGUUGUCCCGAUUCCACGCGUCGCACUACUGUUGGCCACCGCCAUCUCUCUAUCACACCUGCGACACAUUUGCGCGGCGACGACGACGACGACGACGAACAUGAUCGUCUCUACUACACUCGCCAAACGCCGAAAGCCUCCUAACGCCCCCUCAACCCCCAACGAAUUCGUCAUCACCACCCCAACCUCCAGUGAUGGGGACUCGGACCCAACCUGUCCUCUCUCCGACCGCACAUUCACCCCGUCGGUCACUUGGGAACCCAUCGCACAAUGA